UGCGGCGCUGCGAACAUUAUUGUUAUUGAACAUAUUUUUUGUUUAGAUCGUUUAUUAUGUCGUAAUAAACUAGUUUUAUAAGCCAGAGUACAAAUGUAUUGCUGUAAUCGAUCGAAUUUAAAAAAUAUCCUUUGAUUCGUGCUCAAGGUUCAUUGGAAUAUCGGAUAAAUUAUGUCAGGAAUGGCGCCAAUGCGUCGCCAUUUUUAUAAAACUUUAGCCAGUCCGUAAAUCGAGAAGGCUGUGGGGAGGAAGAAUUCUGAUAAAGGUCGCGUGCUCGACGGAAACUUGCACGAAAAACCAGCAAAACGCGUGAAUAAUGUGCUGGUCGUAAGUAUAAUUUCGUUCCGUGCUAUCGCGAAUCGAUUUGGAUAGUUUUUGGUCAUGAAACGCAGGGCCUAUGGCAUGGGACUUCCGUUUAAUGAACAGGAACAGGAAGUUCCUCGCGAUCUGAGAUGGCAAAAUAAAAACAUCCUGUAUCGAAGGAAAUUUCGAAAAAUAAGCGUGCGAUGCUUUUGUGAUUUAGAAAAGGAAUAAAGUGAUCGGGAUAGCGCGUUUCUUUCGAGUUGAGUUCCGUUUCAAUUUUUACGACCUACUUUCAAUUUCGGUGCCUCAAGGUCGAAGUACAAUGACUGAUACUUGGAAAAUGGAACAUUCGGAGCCGACCCUAUUCAUUCGGAAAAGUCGGUGGCACCGUUUAAAUAUUAUGGAUAAUUUGAUUUUAGUGUGCAUCAGAGAGAGGGGAAUUGAGUUCGAUAUACAAACAUGCAAGCUGAGAGUAUCUGUGCCAAUGAUAUCGAGGGACUGGACGAAGACACUCUCAUACCAGUUGAAAUUUUAUCUUGCGAUGUCUCCCAACGUUCACGUUCUCAAGAUGCCUUAUCAAUAGUAGAAUUAGGAAAACAAUUAUUACUUAGUGCAAAAAAUGGAGACACAGAGACUGUUCGUGAACUUAUGUGUAGAGGAGCACCCUUCACGACAGACUGUCUUGGAACCAGUGCUUUGCAUUUGGCAGCACAAAAUAAUCACACAGAAACUGCAGAAGUUUUGCUCAGGGCAGGAAUAUCCAGAGAUGCAAGAACCAAGGUGGACAGAACACCACUGCAUAUGGCCGCUUAUGAAGGUCAUCAUCAGAUGGCACAGUUAUUGUUGAAUUAUGGAGCUGAUGUUGAUAGUAGAGAUAUGCUUAAGAUGACUCCUUUACAUUGGGCAGUAGAAAGAGAACAUAUAGAAGUGAUGCAUGUUUUAUUGGAACAUGGUGCAGAUGCAAACGCAACUAGUAAAUUUGAUAAGACACCGAUUAGCCUAGCUUUGGAGCAUGAUAGACUAGACUUGGUGGACAUACUCCAGCAAGAACGAGAAAUUAUAGGAAUACAAGCCCAACAACAAAAUCAAGCUACUUCUGCAGAACUAGAAGUGGCAACUCACAAUUUAAUUCAACUGGAAGCAGAAGCGGAAGCAGAAGCAGAAGCAGCAAAUGAAGAACAAGAGAAACUGGAACUUGCGCAACAACAAUCGCAAUCAAAACGUAAAAAUACUCAAGGCAAUAAAAAACCGAGAAUGAUUCUUCAACAAAUUCAUGUACCGCCAUCUACUGAAAUGGAACCAGAAAAAGAAAUGAAGGAUGCAGAAGAAAUUAUUAAUACGAAUAAUGUUAACGCUAAUAAAAAACGUAAAGAUGUAACAACAAUGAGUGGAGUCAACAAACAAUUCAGGUUAUUAGAAGCACAUGGAAUUACAAUGAUACCGAUGGAUGAUGAUGCAUCCAUUGUGGAGAAUGCAAUGGAAAGUGGAAGAACUGUUGUUCUUACAGAGGCUGGUAAACUUGCCUUAAAUCUGACAAGAGGCUCUCCGUUAAGUAUGAAACGUCUUCAAGUAACUUCAAGAAGAGGAACUCCAAGAAAAGUGAUAGCUAUACGAGCAGAUCAGAUUUUAAAUCAAAAUGCACCUAGCCUUACAUCCCGUGGCCCGAACAUAUUAAAAAGAUCUUCCGUAGAUAAUAAAGCUGGAAAAUUAUUUAUUUCUUCUCUUUCUACUAAUAUGACUGUUCCAACUUUAACGCAAUCUCAAUAUACAACAGCGUCAGAAAACAAAAUAGUCACUUCAUCUUCCAAGAUAACAGAACCAAUCAUUUUACAACUGGAUGAUGAUAUAGAAGAAGUUAUAGAAGAAGAUAAUACAGAUAAUAAUGAGCCAGUAAUGGAUAUAGCAGUGCUUAAUAGACAGUUAGCAGAAGCUCGAAGACAAGCCGCCGAAUAUCGCAAGCAAUUGCAAAAAAAAGAGGAAGAAGCUGAAAUAUACAAACAGCAACUUAAAAACAUCGCAUCUCAAAGAAAAUCCAAAUAAUUUUAAAUAAGUAAAUUCUCUCCGCAUGGUUUCAUCUUACAAUAAGCGCAAGCAUUUUCUUUUUUUAUUACAAACUUAAUCGACGAAUUUUGUAGUAUUGCUCAAUUUUUUUUAUAUACAAGUGAACUUGCAUAAACAACUGAUAACUUAUGCGAAUCAUACUAUCUACUCACAUAUUAUCUCUUAUAUACAUCAUUCAAUACAUAAACUUAUAUUAAUUUAAUAUGUGCAUACUUUUAUAAAGGUGCAUUUAAAAUAAUUAAUGAUGAAGCUAGAUUGAAAAUGAAAAUAAUUUCUGUAAAAAGAACUUACAUACAUAAUUGACAUAAGAGUGCUUUCUACAUAAUGUCUCCUAAAUGUAAUAAAAAAAUCCUAAUCUUUUGGAUAUAGUAAAAAAAUAUCAAUUUGCUAUAUUUUCCUAUAUAUUUGCCUUAGUACAUAGAAUACGAGAUAAAAUAUUUAUUUAUUCUUUUUCUAUAUUAUACAAUAAUAAUCAUUUAUAAAUAGCAUUCAUUAAUGUAUUCUGCAGCAUAUGUAGGUAUACGCAUACAAUUAUACAAACGAAAUGCAUUCGGCAUGAAUUAUAAGUUUAAUAUAAUAAAUGUACACAGAUGCAUAGCAGGGUACUUGUAAAUUUAACGUAGCCAUCUAUUAAAGAUGUUUCUUUAAAUUUUUACCAUUUUACAUUAAGAGUACAAAAUGUGGAAAGCAAAUGAUUCAAGAUUUUUCAUGAAUGUAACAUAAAAGAUGUGUUUACGAAAUAAAUUUAUAUUACAAAGAGACACACUAUCACUUGACAUAUUACACUGAUUUAACAAAAAUAGUUGCAUUUCAAAUAUUUUCAUAGCGACGUUCAUAUAUUUGUACUAAAAGUGAAUUGUGCUCGUUGUUAUGAAAGUAUAUAACAACAAAUGGAAAUUUGGAUACUUAAAUAGAAGGAUUGGUGCUAACAUAAAAUGAAAAUUGCAAAUAUAAAAUGGAAUGUGUUUUUGCGUUUAUAAGAUAUCAAAUAUCUUUAUCAAAUUCUAUACGAAAUAGAGUAUUUUACUCGGAUAUACAUACAAACAAAGAAAACCUCAAUAACGAUGGUACGAAACAUUAGGGAAUGCAAUAAUGCAGAUAUAAGAAAUAAAAAUUUUUUCAAAUAAUGUAUAUUGUAAAUACGACUUUAUAUACAUACAUACAUCAAUAAAAAAUGUUAUUUA